AUGUCGAGUGUGGUGAAGAAGCUGAAGGCGUUUGUGCCUAAAAUCAAGAAGAAGACGAUUAAGCGCAAUGUGCCCACUACCCCACAGGCGUCACAGGACCCCAAGGCGCUGGGAUCGCCCGUUACUGAGGCCGAGUCCCCCGUGGUCAACGCGUCGGGUUUGGCCACACCGGCAGCCACCCAGAUCACCCUGAUCUCUCAAACUACCGAGAUGACCAUCACCACCUCUGUUUCGGUGCACAAAGCCAGCAACGAGCUGGCGAUCGCCGAAUCCGACGAAGAACACGACGACGCGUACAUCGCACCUCCCAGUCGUCGGACGCUGACGGUGCUGCGGCGGCUCCUGGGGAUCCAGUCUCUCCAUCCACGUACGGGGCUGAUAGACCAGGAGAAAGCGGCAAAAGCGAUUGCUUCUGUCCCCGAUAACCUUACUCCUAAAGCGCGGCGAGCGCUGGUUACAAGAACAGCAACUCCUAUUCUCCCGCCUAGAAAAGAACAAACUCCAGUGAUUGAAGAAGAUGAAGAUUCCACCAACAAGGAACCAACGCCGGAAGCCGCCAUAGAGGGCGACUACGUGCUUGCUGUUGCCCGGGAUGGUAUUUUGCGAAAGCACAAAGUGGUGCGUGACGAAUCAGGUAACAUCAUCACCGAGCCUAGUGUGGCUAAAGCUAAAACGAGAAAGCGUACACCGAAAUUGUCCAAAGAGGAAAAGGAUUUGCUUCAGUUGGGGGGUGAGAAGGUGACGGGUCGCAUCAGAUUCCUGAAACGUAUCUUGGCGCAACAACAAAAAGAACGGGUACGUUAUGAGGAAGUCGACGAAGACGAUUUAGGUGAGCCCACACCACCGCCUAAACGAAGAAAGCGAGCCACUGAAGGCAGGUUGGUCUUCUCGAAUCAGCCGCUUGAGAUUACCAGUAAAGCGCAACUCCCUCGUAAAGUCCGCGAGGAAGACGAACCUCUUUGGGCAAUGGUUCGUCUUAAAGAAGACGUAUUCCCAAUGAAAGACUUAUGUAAACCCAAAUUUCCCGUUGGUAAGGUGAGUGAAGACUAUGAGAAGGCUAAGGAGGCGGAAAAGAAACGGAAAGAAGCGAUCGCGAAACGUCGUGAACUCAGAGCAAAAGCCCGGGAACAAAAAAAACCUUUAGAUGUCAUUAUAGCCGAAGACGAAGGCGAUGUUCCUCCUGAUACUAACCUGUCAUCGAAAUCUGUGCUUGAUCAAGAAAUUGAAGAACCCAGAUUCCAAGCUCCCAAAUUGGUGAUAGGCUCUGACGGUCAUCUUACCGUUGAUGCGGACUCCAUGCACGUUCAGCGGACGCAAACUGACUUCUCUAACCGUGAACGUCAUGAAGAAAAUCCUUUUGAAAACCCCGUGCUUCUGAGUACCUAUUCGAAACGUCAGUACACAGAUAAGUGGACAAAGGAUGAAGUUACUCAGUUUUACAAAGCUCUUUCCACGUUCGGAACUGACUUUACAAUGAUUGCUCAAUUAUUUCCCUACCGUACUCGAAAGCAAAUUAAGCUGAAGUUCAACCUUGAAGAGAAAAAAUAUCCUGAAGUUAUCGAAAUGGCCCUUCGACGCAAGCUUCCUCCUAACUUUGAACAAUUCUGUAGUGAGCUGGGGUUGAAGAUUGAGUCCAUGGAAUACUACAAUGCUCAAUUGGCUAAGGUCCGCGAAGAUCACGCGAAGCAUAUUGAAACCAUUGAACGUGAACGACAGAAGGCGCUCAAGGAAGAUCAGGAAGCAUCGAGAAAGCGUGAGAUCGAGUUCCGUACCGGGACGAAGGCGAUGACUCGAAAGGAGAAAAUUAAAGAGCUCCGCAAAAAUGAGAUGGUUAUCGGGGAGGUGGGGAAGUAA